CUGGCACCAUGCUUGGGCUCCAGAGCUGGAGUAGCUAGCUCUGGAAGCCCACCUCCCCUGCUUCGCCUCCCUUCCUCUAUGCUGUGUGUCCUCCGGGGGCAAGAUUUUCAGUACAACAAUUAAAGAAGAUUAUUUUUUUAUUUUUUUGAAGCUUUGCCUCUUAAUUGUUGGAGAAAAAUCUAUCCUGACGGUUUACUUUCCUGCAAAGUAACCUCCUCUGUGCCAGAAGGUUUCUCAGAGCGGUAGCCAUUGCUCAAGGAGACCCUGCCCUUGGAGGAGACACAGCAUAGCCAGCAUCUGUCAGCAAUGCCUGUGGGAAGAAUUGAGUGCCCUUCUUUUGCUUCUCUCCCCAGAGACUGCAGCCACGAAUGCCGGGUCUGCAGGGUGACGGUGGUGGGCCUCUCGACAUACGCCAAGCACAUCUCUAGCCAGCUACAUAAGGAUAAUGUUGAUGCCCUGGAAAGUGAAGAAGUGAAGGAGGAGGCCGAGGAAGAAUACUUUGACAAGGAACUCAUCCAGUUGAUUAAUAAAAGGAAGGAACAAAGCCGGCAAGAGGCGGCCCUCAACUCCUCCAAAGGGCAAGAAUCUGAUAAUCAUCUAAGAAGAAGAGACGACCGUCUGCCAUGUAAAGAGACAGGCCAACAAGAGUGGCUCCGAGAUCCAUCAGAUAGGAACUGGCAGUGGCCAAAUGACUGCUUCAGUAAUUCAAGACAGGGUUUUCUACAUCCUGCUUUAAACCACAAUCCUAAUAGACAUCUCAGUAAUUCAAGGGGGAGAUCUAGUUGGCAUACAAAUGGUCCUUCAAAUCGACAUCUGAUCCAUGUUAAAGUUGGAGGCUCUUGGCACUCAAAUGCAGGGGGGGCAACCAGCUGGCACCAAAGAGGCACAGGUAGAAAUUUUCAUUGGCUUCAAGAAGGUAAUGGAAGUUUUCCCAGCCAGUACCUGAGAAACUGUGGUGAAAACUGGCAACCUAAUUCAUACGGUAGUGACCAGUGGAACUUUGGUGCUAAUAUUGAUGUGUUUUCUCAAGCAAGAAACAGACCACCGAGACACUGCGACCCUGUUCAGGAGAAAGAUGCAAGGUGGAGCUCAAAAAACAGUGUGUCCGGGUCUUUCUGUAAAGAAAGAUAUAAAUGGAAAAAGGUUGAAAAUAAAACCAGCAAUAGCACACCCUUACCAAAUUCAAAUAUAAACCCUUCAAAAAACACAGAUAACUUGUCCAGUUCUAAGGGCAACGCCUCAAAAAAGAAAGACCAUUUACCAAACACUAACGGGAACGCUUCAAAAAUUACAGAUGACUUUACAAGUGAUCACAUAGAAGACAACUUUUUAGGGUUUAAAAUGUCAGAGGAUUUAGACUUGCCAUCCAAACAGAAAUCUACACCUUGCUCUGAUAAGAGCAAUAACCCUUUAAGAGAGAAACCCCAUCGAUGGUCUCCUUACCCAUCACAAAAACUUUCAGAGAUUCAACCAGUAACUCUACAAUCUGUUGGCAAGGCUCCAGCUGAUGGAUCCAAGGAGACCAAGAGUGGAGAUCCAAAAACAGACCAGAUAUCGCAAGCCAAAAAUGUGCCUGAGAUCUGUCCUGAAACGACGGACGGAAAGAAAGCUGACCACAAUGAGUAUAAGAACUACCGUAUGCCUUCACUAAAAUCCCCGCUAUGCAACAUAUCCGACGUAAAAGCUUCAACUCUGAAAAGAGAUCAAAAAAACCCUUUAAAAGGUGUCAAACUGAAUUCUUCUACUUCUUCGUUUGGGGAGAGGCAGAAUCGAUUAAGUGCUCUUAAUUUAGAAUUGAUUAGGUCCAAUUCUUACAUAUCCAAGUUGCGAAGUGCAUCAAAAAACGCAAAGACUAAUCAAGAACCCCAAGACAGCGGAAGGAAGGAACCAGUUGAAACACUUAGCGAGGUACUGCGCAAGGCCAAAGAGAUGCUGCGCAGUAGCCAGGCAAUUCGCAGUCCAUACAUACAGUCUAUGCGUGACACCCCUAGAAAUCAAGACCCACCAAGAACGGAGGCAGCUAAAAAUUCCCUCCAGGCCAGUAUUUCCUAUGACUAUUCCUUAGAGGAUGUGAGUGAUGAUGAUAUGUUCUGUCCCACUGCUGCAGAUUCCAACAGCUCUCGUGCAAAUUUCACACAAAAGAGAGAUGAAGACUUAAACACUACUGACCUCACUCCCUCUGUCCCACUCUCAAACAACAAUGUCAUUUCACCAAACAACCCCGAGUCCGUUGAUGGUGAAGAUAACCGAAAUUCUCAUCUUGGUCAAGACCCUCUUGAUGCUGACGGCUUAGAAAAUGUUUCCGAUCUUGAUCUACAAAAAGGUGCUACAAAUUCGGCCAAUACAGUUUUACCAGAAUUGAGCAAACUAGGACUUCCUGCUUCUCUCCAGAGAGAUCUAACUAGACACAUUAGUUCACGAAGCAAAACCGGAUCACAUCUCCCUGAACCCAACCUCAAUAGUGCACGACGCAUCAGAAAUGUGAGUGGUCAUCGUAGAAGUGAGACUGACAAGGAUUCAGGUCUUAAACCAACCCUAAGGCAAAUUCUGAAUGCUUCGAGAAGGAAUGUAAAUUGGGAACAGCUCUUGCAGCAUGUGAACAAGAAGAGGCAGGAACUAGGCAAAGGUUUGCCAAGAUUCGGUAUAGAAAUGGUAGCACAGGUUCAAAGUGAACAGGAUGGUCUUGACUUUGAUGAAGAAUCGGACAUGGGUUUUGAAGGUUACCAUUGGGAAUCUAUCAUUGCAACUCCUCUAAGUUCAGCACGGAAGCGGAGCCUCUCUGAAAGCAGCGUCAUUGUGGAGAAGCCCUCUGUUUUUGAUAUUUUUAACAACUACAGUACAGAGUCAUGUAGUGAACGAGGCAAUCCAACUCGGCCCCCGGCACAAGUAGCAACUGGGCAAAAAGCGUCCUCUCAUUUCAUACCUCCCACAAAGCAGGUAGAGGAGCAAGGCAAUGUCAUUAGCUCUCCUCCUGCAGUGGAUGCAGCAGACCCUUCAAACCCAGUAUUUUCUGAAACGUCCCAAAGUCAGAGGAGCAACGUGGAAGCCUGUGCGGCCUCAUACAGCGUGCGUAUGUGUCAGAGGGCUAGUGAAGAAGCGAUUCACACUGCUGCCACGUUUAUAGAAGACAUUCAUGCUGAUGGAGCCUCUGAUAGCUGUACAUCUGGCACUGAACAAUAUGAUGGUCUGGGAGUUGGAAAGAAAAGAAGGGCCACUGGGGAUGGUUCGUAUCCUGAAUCCUCAAACAUUGAAAGAAACACCAAAAGAAGAAAAAUACGUGGACGGAAAGAGCGUUCUCAAUUGGAUCAGCUGCUAAACAUCUCCUUAAGAGAAGAAGAGCUGAACACGUCACUCCAGGGAAUCGACAACAACCUUCUAAAGGCUCGAACUGCUCUACAAGCGGCUUAUAUGGAGGUUCAGUGUCUGAUGGUGCUAAAAGAGCAGAUAACUAUGGAGAUGAGUGCCAUGAGGACACAGAGAAUUCAGCUUUUGCAAGGACUACAAGCAGAGACUUAUGAACCUACGAAUGAUGGUGAAGAGGGAGCAAACAGCAGUCUACAGACACCGGUAGUGUCUCCAAGAAAUGUACUUCCUCAUCUCUUGGAGACUCCAGCUUAUUUGUCAUCACAUGCAGAAUCAACUUGCCCCGUCCUGCCAUCGUCUGUCCCAGUGUGCACCUCCCCAACUGCCCCUGCAAUUCCUGAUUCAUCAAUACCGAUUAAACAAGAACCACUUUCACCUGUGAGGAUAGAAGAAAAUGUGAUCACGCCACUGCUGCUGCCGCUAGCAACCCAGGCACAGUCCAGUGCUCCACCACAGACUAACGGCCCUGCGGAGCACAGAAAGGCCACACUCAUCACGACUGCGACAAAAACAGGGAAAAAAAAGAAAAAAUUGCGCAAGAAGAAGACCUUAAGAGCUGCUCAUAUACCUGAAAACAGUGACACUGAGCAGGACGUUGAUGCCAACAAGCCAGUGAGAAAGGUCAGGUGUAGAAGACCUUCUAAGGAAGCAACAGUCAGCACUUCUACGUCUGUAGAACAGGAGGCUGACGCCGCAUCCCCGCAAGCCGAGCUGAACAGAGAGGACAAUGACAGUGACUCCAUCAUUGAAGUGAUGGAAGUAAGGAAUCCUCGGUUUGAAGUGCUGCAGAUAGGCCCCAAUUCUGAUGAUGAAAAACCAGACAGUCCAUCAAAAAUUGACCUUGCAGAUUUUGUGCGCUCGUUCGAGGGAGCUGUUGAAAACCAUAAUGAAGUGACCUCUACCAGUGAACUUGGCUUGCGUUACUUGGACAAAAUCUCAAGAAGCAGGACUAAAGCUCACAGAGAUGCCAGCAAUGCAGUAAAGAUUUCAUCAGAAGUCUCAUCGGAACCUGGUGAAGAAGAGCAACCUACAGAAGGCAGCUUUGAAGGACAUCAGGCGUCUGUUAAUGCCAUUCAGAUCUAUGAUGAUACCCUCUACACGUGUUCUGCAGACAAAUCCGUGCGGGCAUACAACCUUGUGACCCGGAGAUGUGAAGGUGUUUUUGAAGGACAUACAUCAAAGAUCAACUGCCUUCUUGUGACUCAGACACACGAGAAGAAUGCCGUGUUGUAUACUGGGUCCAGCGACCACACAGUCCGGUGCUACUCUAUAGAGUCCCGCGAGUGUAUUGAGAAAUUAGAUCUUGGAGAACGAGUCCUAUGUCUACAUGUAAGAUGGAAAAUCCUCUAUGUGGGACUUGCCAAUGGGACAGUGGUCACAUUCUCCAUUAAGAAUAACAAGAAGAUUGAUGUGUUCGAAUGUCACGGUCCCCGGGCGGUUAGCUGCAUGGCAACGGCACAGGAAGGGGCUCGACGAUUACUGCUCGUUGGUUCCUAUGAUUGCACGAUCAGUGUUCGAGAUGCCCGUAAUGGUCUUCUGCUUCGUACUUUAGAAGGUCAUACUAAAACCGUCCUGUGUAUGAAGGUUGUCAAUGAUUUGGUGUUCAGCGGUUCAAGUGAUCAGUCUGUCCAUGCUCAUAACAUUCAUACAGGGGAACUGGUACGAAUUUACAAAGGACACAAUCAUGCAGUUACUGUAGUUAAUAUCUUGGGGAAUGUCAUGGUGACAGCCUGCUUGGAUAAAUUUGUUCGAGUUUAUGAGUUACAUUCACAUGACCGAUUACAAGUCUAUGGAGGACAUUCAGAUAUGAUCAUGUGUAUGGCAAUCCACAAAAGCAUGAUCUACACAGGCUGCUAUGACGGUAGUGUCCAAGCCGUGCGUCUGAACCUGAUGCAGAACUAUCGCUGCUGGUGGCAUGGAUGCUCGCUUAUUUUCGGUGUUGCUGAACAUCUGAAACAACAUCUACUAACAGAUCACACAAAUCCAAACUUCCAGACUCUGAAGUGCAGGUGGAAGAACUGUGACGCAUUCUUCACAGCCCGACGAGGUUCCAAGCAGGACGCAAUUGGACACAUUGAACGUCAUGCUGAAGACAGUCUAAUCAGCUUUUAAAAGAAGCACGGUACCUCCCAUAUUGGGAAGAAUCUAUCUAAGCAACAUCGAGAAUUUUUUGCAACUGUGAACGUCUCGGUCUUCCUGCACAGUACAGCCUCUCGUUAGCCAGACGAUGUAAUGUGCAGAGAAGCCUCCUCUCUCCUUAUUGUGCGACUGCACACAAAGCGACAGCCAAAACGGCGCCUAUGCCCAUGGUCUGCGUCACUCUUAUGUCCAUUGUCCUUGUUCUUCAUUUUAAAUGGCUUAUUUAUUUGGUGUAAUGGAACAGAGCAAAACUUUUUAAAUGUUCAAAGUAUAUGUGUUCCUUUUAUUCUCAUGGGCACUGCAUGAAGAAAUCUAUUGUAGUUUUCCUCCAUGAAACUUUCUUAUUCCAGUCUAAUUCUUAAAAUUCCACUUUUACAUUAUUAUUUUUUUAUCAGGAGAUCCUUCCAGCUUUUUUUUUUUUAUCCAUGAGCAAAUCUCUCAAAAUGUAUUUGUGCCGGUAAAUUUAUUUACAAAAAUUCCCGGUGGACCGAUUUUAUUUUUAUUUUUCCCUCUCGACAUCAAUCUCUGAUAUUUUUUCACGUCAUUGAAUCCUCAGCAAACAAAAAGAUUUAUUAGAUACUGUGAGUCGGCAUAACCCAGUUAUGUAGUGGUUAUUUUUGUUUGAAUGGUGUCGUGAACAGAGCUUUUCCUUUCUGGUCACCUUCAGAUAAAACAUUGGCGGCCUCCAUGACAACUACUGCCUUGUGCAAUUUUACAGAGCUCCUACAGUAAAGGUCCACUAGUUUGGCAUUCGCACAAAUGCAGAAAUGCCAAGCCCUGGUAUAUUUUACAGGACCCUCUGGCCUGACUAUUAGUCUAGAUCAGGGAUGCUCAACCUGUGUCCCUCCAGCUAUUGCAAAACUACAACUCCCAGCAUGCCCAAAUAGCUGUAGGCCGUCCAGGCCUACUGGUUUGGCAUCCCUAGUCUAGAUAGUAAAUUGACUUGGCACCGCACAGGUCCUAUGAAUGCUGGGGUAAUGGAGCUUUGCUGUAAUAGUUUUUUUAUAUACAGAAUCACACAGAUUUCUAUAGUAGUAUAUGCCCAUAGGUCGUGCUCAUGUCUUCCUGUAGUCGUAGGCACUCUUGUCGUGUCGAUCUUAGCAUUUUCCUUAGCUGAUCACAUUUCCUAGAGGCGCUGCUUGCUUUAUUUGAAGGUGAGCAAAUUGUAAGUUUCUGACUGAACGAGUGACUUGGCUGAAGCUUUGUGUCUUGAAAAUUCAAUGAAAGUCGGGCAGUGUCACACUAGUGUCCAGGCUUCCUUGUUUCAUGGAUUUCAUUGACUUUAAUGGUCAAAAAUCAAACCAUCAGCUAUGUUUUUUUUUUCUUGGGUGGAAUAGCCUAGCAGGCUACACUAUUCUGUCCAUCAAAAACAGAAACUUGAAUUGAUGGCUAAGAAGAAAAAAAAUGAAAACAAAGGAGGACACGAAUGGACACAUUUCCACCAGUGUGAGCAGAGCCUAACGUUGUCAUUACGAGUAUUCUAGUGGAAAUGUCUUAGAGUUACCGUGACCGGUAUUCUAAGGGCCACCAUGAUAAUGACCUGAUGUUACAGUAUUUGGGGAUAACUUUGACUUGGUUUUUGAUGUGUUUGGAUUUUGUUGCUUGUCUUUGUUCCAGCCAUUAGGAAAAUAUAACUUUACAUGAAGGUCCCCAGAAGGUUUGACAGAUGACUUGUAUCAUGUCGAGCGCUGUAAUGAUAUCAGGGCAGAACUUGACAUGUCAUAGUAUAAAACUGUCGAUUUUUUAUUUUUUUUUAGUUUGAUUUUUGUGUUCUGUUUUCACUUCAAUCUCUUGCGCACAGUGUGUUACUACGUUGCUGACUGUUGCCCUAUUUAUCUACUGGUCACUACAUGUAACAUCAGAUUUUUUUUAAGGAUAUAAGGCACCAUUCACACCCUGUUUAGGGAAUAUUUCAGUAGCCCAGUUCCUUUGUUUAACUGCAGCAUUUUUGUGCUACCUUUUCUUGAUCGACUUAAAUAGGAAAAAUAGUCCUUGCUGAAAAUGCAUAUAGAAAUCAGUCAAGGUUUGUACAAUCUGUACCGCAAUAUAUAUAUAUAUUUUUUUAUCUAAACAGCAGCAAA